CCAGCUGCUCAAUGGGCGGUGUGAGAGGAGGCUGCGCGAGCACGGCGGCGCGGACGCCUUCCCUGCGCUCCUCCGCGCGCUUCAAACGCCUUUUAACGGAUUUCUCGCAAACGAGGUCUCCUGAGCGGCACGGGGACGCGAUGAGGGAUGUACCGUUAGCCCACAUUUGGCCAUUCGGUUGCCAUUUUUCUCGCUCGGCGACGUUAAAGCUGCAACCUGCCAAUUUCUGAAUUGGAAUUUCAAACACAGCAAAACAAAGGAAACUCUGGACAUAGCAGGAGUGGAGGAGCACCGAGGAGCACCGAGGAGCACCGAGGAACAUCUGGGGUUCGGUUUUCGACCAAGUCCAGUCGAGAUGAUUUGACCCUGCCCCUUUCCAUCUGACCAGUCCAGGAGAAGGCCCGCCCGUCCCAGUAGGAAUGCCCCCUCUGGCCCGGUGCCAAGCUCUGCCCGCUGCCACGCCCACUGCUCCUUUUCCUUUUGCCUUCCCACCCCCUGCCGCCAUCACCGCCAUCUGCAGGCUCCUGCACCAUGAAGGAUGAGGUCAUCAGCACCAAUGCGCUGGCCUGGCUGGUGUGCUCGGGUGUGUCCAUCCUGGCCAACGCCUGGGGCAUCCUGAGCGUGAGCGCCAAGCAGAAGAAGUGGAAGCCGCUGGAGUUCCUCAUCUGCACACUGGCCGGCACGCACAUCCUCAACAUGGGCAUCCCCAUCACCAUGUACUGCGUCAUCCAGCUCCGGCGCCAGCACUCCAGCUACGAAUGGAACGAAGGCCUCUGCAAGGUGUUCGUCUCCACCUUCUACACCCUCACCCUGGUCACCUGCUUCUCCGUCACCUCGUUGUCCUACCACCGCAUGUGGAUGGUGCGCUGGCCUGUCAAUUACAGGUUGAGCAACACAAAGAAGCAGGCCGUGCACACAGUUAUGGGCAUCUGGAUGGUCUCCUUCAUCCUGUCCACUCUGCCGGCUGUGGGCUGGCACGACACCAGUGAGCGCUUCUACGCCCACGACUGCCGCUUCAUUGUGACGGAGAUUGGCCUGGGCUUUGGUGUCUGCUUCUUGCUGCUGAUCAGUGGCAGCGUGGCCAUGGGCGUCAUCUGCAUCGGCAUCGCCCUCUUCCAGACCUUCUCCAUCCAGACAGGACACAACGUGGAUAAGAACAAGUUCAACGUGCCCACCAUUGUAGUGGAGGACGCGCAGGGCAAGCGCCGCUCGUCCAUUGAUGGCUCAGAGCCCAUCAAGACCUCUCUGCAGAUCACCUACCUUAUCAGUGGCAUCGUCUUUAUCUACGACUUCCUCACUGGUUUCCCCAUUCUGGUAGUGAGUUUUGCUAGUUUGAAGUACGACCGCUCCUACAGCUGGAUGGUGCUGUGUGUGCUCUGGUGCUCCAUAGCUCAGUCCAUCCUGCUCCCCAUGUUCCUCUGGGCCUGCGACCGAUACAGGGCUGACGUGAAGAUGGUCUGGGAGAAAUGCGUGGCCAUCAUGUCCAACGACGACGUGGACGAAGAAAACAGCCAGGAUGGAGGCAUUCAUCCGGACUUAAUAUAUGACAGACCAUAUGACUAUAGCUCUGCUGCUGAUAUCAUGACGGUAGACCGUAUUGCCAAGUACGAAUUCUCGACCUUAGAAAGGGGGGUCUCCCAGGGUUAUCCAUUGAGGGAGCCUCAGGAAGAUAAAAUGCACUAUUUGCAGGUGCCCCCUACAAGAAGAUACUCCCACGACGAAACCGACAUGUGGACCACCGGGCAGAUCCCUUCAUACCUGCAUCGCUGGGGCUCCACCGAGGACAUGGUGGGGAUCCCGCAGUACAGCUUGCCGCGCCACGAGAGGCGGCGGAGCAGCCUGGUGUCCUACCACGAGGAGAGCCGCCCCCAGCGCAUACGCCGGAGGUCCGAGGACACACACUCACUCAAGCAGCUGCCGCGCGUCGAACGCUAUGAGGACGACUUCAAGUGCUUCAGCCGUGACGAGGUGGUCAACUUCAUUGAUGAGACACCGCUGGCCAGCCCAAUGAGGAGCCCGCGGCGAGCCUCCGCUGUCUCGCUUGUGCCCGACGCCUCGUAUGAGCAGCACGUCAUCCUGCUGCCGCACUUCCCGCUCACACACUUCGAGCGCGAGCCUCAGGCCCUGCGGCGCAGCUCCGAGCACAUCAAGGGUUCCCGCAGUGAACUGGCUCAGGAGUCACCCAGGAAUCAGAGCGAAUUCUGCGGCGAUAACAAGGGGUGCCGUGAGCACCGGCGGGACACCAAGCGUGUGCAUGAAGCGGUCCUUCCGGGCCAGGGCGUGCGGACAGAGGUGCACUCACCGCUCAGGGGAAAAACAGGACAGACGGAGGCACUCACCUGGGCAGUGGACAACAAGCAGCAUGUGACUAAGGGCGAGAGCAAAGGAAGCACAAAUAGUUUCUUAAACUCGGCGGCCACAUCCACGGGUUACGUCACAUUUCACGAUUCCAUAGGAUCGACAAGCUAAGGAGCCUAAGGCAGUUUUGUUAUUGUAUGUCAUGAUAAAUCUCUUAAUCGAUAUUAGUAUUAACGUCAUAACUAUACAAGUGGAAUGUUUUUGUAAUCUAGGCACUCCUUGAGGAGUGGUUGACGGGUCGAGGCAGAGAGACGUUCUUUUCUAGCUAUUUUAUUAAAUGUUACAAGCAUAUGUAACAUUGUGCUCUGUAUCGCAUACUUUGGAGUUGAUAUGUCAGGAGCCAGUUCGCUUUGGAGCUUUCUUGUUCAGUUUCGUCUUGGCAUUUCAUAAAGAAUCAAGUCGGGAGUAGAAAAGGCCUCUUGUUCAGCAGUGUAUAGCUUCUGUUUACAAUCAUGCACUAGCAACACAAUUUUUUAUCUGAUAUUCCACUCUUUCCAGUGUUUUUGUUGUUUCUGAUUACGUGACGUGUUUUUUUUUUUUUUUUUUAGUAAUGGAAUAAAUGUACAGUAAUCAUAUGAUUUGCAUCAAAAAAGCAAGGCUCUCCUACUGGAGUCCAAUAUUUUCCAAAGCAUUUUUACUUCACACUUACACAGUUAUAAAUUAUUUGUGUUUAUAACAAAACAUACUGAAGCUAAAGUUGCAGAUUACGUAUCAUCAUCACACCCCAAGUUCUCUGCUAUUCAGUGAACUGUAAUAAGGAAUCUGGAGAGAGAUCAAAGACAUAUUGUUUUUAAUUUGUUCUGUAAUUAGGAGAAAAUGUGUAAUUAGCUUUUAUGGAUCAUUCUACCGAAUUAGUUUAAAAUCAGAGUUGAUAACACAUUUCAGACUUUUAGCUGACUUGAUCUUACACUGAAGUAGGUUGACUUUGACCCUAUACCUUUUAUUUAUUUUCAUUUGUUUUAUUUGAAAGAGUUAAUAUUCCAUAUUCCAAAGCAGUCAAAACACUACUGAGACAUUUUCAAAUGCAAAUUAAUGCGUCAUAAUUUUCUUUACUGUGUUACAGUUUGAACUGAUCUAGUAGAAUGAUUCAUACAGUAUACCGGGAGGUAAAAUGUCCCCCUCCCACAAGUUCAUUUAUACAGAAAAUGACUAAAUUCCGUUUUCAAGUUUCUUCUGGUUCUUAUGGUUUUGGGUGCCUGAACAUAUUAAUAAGUCAUUAUUUAUUGUGAUGCAGUAUCUUACUCUACUGAGACAAAAUCCCCUGUGUUCCUCUAAGCUCUGUUUAUACAGUUUGAAGCUGUAAAACAGUGCAAGAUGUAAUACUUGUUACAUUUAGGUUCAUGUCAUAUCGGCACAGAUUCUAACUAUGUCAGAUAAAGCCGUAUGUAGGCUUGCUGUAAAGUUAAGCCAUGGAUUACAUCUGUACAGUCGUAUGCAAACAGAGGUGAAAUUAGUAAAACAGACCUUACAAAGAACACACGUCUGCAUGUUUUAAUGGACAGUCCUUGUUUAUUUGCUGAAUGAAACAUAUUGAAGAAAAAAUAAAACAUAAAAUGUGGCCUGUGGAAAAAAAAUGUAAUUCGUUUUUUAAAUAAAAUGUUUCAUUCAACCACUUAAAAUCCCAGGGUUAUUACACACUAAGACGUGUUAUUCAGUAACUACAGGGACUUCAAUGAAAACUGGUUGAGCUGUUCUUAAGUUAAGCAUGUAAUAAAACUGGGCCUGCCAGCUGGCCAUGUAAGAGGUUAAUUCCCUCUAUAGGAUGUAUUAACUGGUUCUCACCUCAAAAAUAUGACAGAAGGUGUUCAAACAUUUGCAUACAACUGUAAACUUUAUUCCAUGAUUGAAGGGGAAUGCCUUUUUUUUUUUUUUUUUUUUUCAAAAAUGUGUGCAUGAUCGAAUCAUCAAAGUGGAAACGAAAUCAUUUAGUGGUUUGAUGUGAAACAGUUCAUUGUAGAGAAACUUACCAAGAUUUUCUUUACAGUUGCAGUGAAGGGAGCCAGGGGUCACAAUGUUUACAGCACACAUGCCAUUGAGUUGUUCUAUGUAAUGUUGAUAACGGUGAACUAAUGAUAAAAAAGAAGUUUUCUUUCAGUGCUAUUUUGCUCUAUUAUGCCCUGCACUGUUAAAAGAUUUACUGCAGUUACCAGCAGUUAACAGAACAAGAAGUUGUGUUGACCGGCUCACAAUUUUAAAGCAGCCGGUUAACUCAUGUAUUUGAGCUAAAACACUAUUUUUACAGUGUCAAUAUAACUGUCUGCUUUUUUUAGGCCUAUAUUUUAUCUUAAAGUUACCUUAAAAUGUCUCAGAAAUAAGGCAACAUAUUCGCAACCAUUUAGUAAGAACUUUCUGUGAGGUAGCUUUAUAGGCGUUCAGACGUCUGAUGCGUAUCACUACCACUCUGAAUAAUUCAUGGCUGGACCCUUUUACACCUAAUUUGUUUGGCACAAACCUAUAGAACUUUUUCUUUAGUUAAGUCUAUUUUGACAGGUCCACGACUCUGAGGUAGAAGCGGCUUAGAAAAGUGUGUGUGUGUGUGUGUGUGUGUGUGUGUGUGUGUGUGUGUGUGUGUGUGUGUGUGUGUGUGUGUGUGUGUGUGUGUGUGUAUUUUGACAAGUGUGAAACACGCUGUACUUGGAUUGGGUCUCUGUUCGCUUCCAUGAUCACAUUUUUAUGUUUUCUAGCAACACGUUUCAUUUUGGCACAUGGAUAGUAGAAAGUAUUUAUUGGUCUGGCAUCUUCAAAAGUGACAGUAACUGAGCAGAAUUUCUGACCAAUAACUAAUAAUGGUGCACCUGAGCCUUUGCAGUGAAAUGAAACUAACUGAAACAAACAAACAAAAAAAAAUACAAUAUCACAAAAACCCAAACUAGGUGUGAAAAUUGCCAAAGUUUCUAAAGGAAGCCAGAUUUCACAUCAAACCCUCUGAAUGAUUUUGCUUACAUCCUGACCUUUUAAAUAUGCAGAAAUUGUGAAAAAUGUGUUCAUUGUACACAUAAUUCACAUGUAAGGAGCAAAAAAUGUACAACUGAAAAAAAAUUCAACGUCAUGUCACAGUGAGGAAUGCUGACGAAUGUCCUGCUUCACUGAAAUUAAGUCAUAUUUUAUAUUCACUUAAGUUUUAAAACUUCAGUACUUCAAAUUCCAAUUGAAGAUUCAUUCACAGGCUGAUUUACUCCAAAUGAAUUUGUUUUCUUCUGAAACGUGUUGGGCUGUGUUUAAGGAAAUGUACACAUCUAAAAAAAAAGCAGUUUCUUUGUUCAUCAUAGAGUGCUGGGUGCUUUCCUCCCAUCGUUCCCUGCACACAAUGGGUUAUUAUUGCUAUUUGGUGUAUUUCUGUCUUAUAUAUAUCUUAUAACAUUCCAAAAAAAUGACUUAAGAAUAACGUUUUUUAAUAUUUUUUGAGGGUUUGUAGACUUCGCCGCUUGCUGCCAGCAUAUGUUUUUGGAACGUUUAUUACAGCCAAACACUUCAAAAUCUGGUGCUUGAUAUUUUGGCAGCUUCGGAUGAAUUUGUUGUUAUUGGUUGCCCUUGAGGUUUCAUACAAGAAUCUGACACUGCCUUUUUCUAUAUUCCAGACCAGACCAUCCAUUUUUUUCUAAAUUAAGAUCUACCACAAGAGUCUUCCUUGUUCUGUCUACUCUGAGUGGCUUCUAGCUAACCCGUAGGUCUCAUUUUUAGUUCUCCAUUGGCGUUUUGGCAUAGAUUUGUUUUAAAUCUGUCAUUAUCGAAGGAAUGACUUCGAAAUGAAUGUAUUCACAUUGGAUUGGUACGUGGAUAUUCAUUAGUCAACUUGAAAUGGGUCUGUUAUCUGAGCCUUAGCUAUGUUCCACCUAGAUCACCUUCCUCCUCACUUUUGUUUCUUGAAAAACUAUAAGAUGUAGCACUAAUGCUUUGUAAGGCACUUUGACACUCGCAUCUCAAAUCUGGUAUGAUGAUCCACUUUGUAGUAGCUUAAUGCUUGCAGUCUCUUAAAUUAGGGCAUUCCAGAUGUCACUGUUUCAGUCUCCCACUUUAAUGAAACAAAUAUGUUGAACUGAAGAAGCUUUACAGUUUUUCCGACGUCACAAGGUAUGCGUUUAUUUCCGCUUGUUCAUGUGCAAACAGGCUCUUUUUAGUCGUUCCAUGUGACGUUCUUUUAAAGUUGAAUAUAAAGUUUUUAUUUUGUAUCAUAUCUGAGACUAAAGAUGUCUUUCUGGUAAAUGAAUUAACAGCGUUUGAUGUUUUGUUGCUCAAAUGAUGGUCAUUAUUUUUCUCUUUUUUUGUAAAGUGAAGUACAAAGAGGACAUGCCAGUUGUUUGAAAUCGUUGGAACUGUAUUUGCCGUUUGUAUCUGUAAAAGAUUCUCCAAAAUCUCAACGAUGUUUUGAGGUUCUGGGGCAGAAUUCUGAGAUGUGAUGGAGAGAUACACCUCGAAUUUCAGCGAUCAUACCUUUUAAAAUAUUUAAAAAAUGAUUGCUGAAAUGAUUAUUAAAAAUAAAUCAAAUGUUUGAA